UUUCACUGUCAAAGAAGUCGACGAAAGCAAACAGAUUUCGAAGUUUCAUCGCCUCCCUAAUCUUCGAUCUCUCUCUUUCUUCUUCCAAUCGUUUUUUAUCUUGUCGUAGAAGAGGAAUCCGAUCUUCUGAGUAUAGCAAGGUUUUUAUUUACGGAUCUGUAAAGCUUCUAAUCUAAAAAGAUGCUUCCCCUUUCGCUUCUCAAAACUGCUCAAGGGCAUCCUAUGCUUGUUGAGCUUAAGAAUGGAGAGACCUACAAUGGGCAUUUGGUGAAUUGUGAUACGUGGAUGAACAUCCAUCUCCGUGAAGUCAUCUGUACUUCAAAGGACGGAGACAGGUUUUGGAGGAUGCCCGAAUGUUAUAUCCGUGGUAACACAAUCAAGUAUCUUCGAGUACCCGAUGAGGUGAUUGAUAAAGUACAGGAGGAGAAGACCCGUACAGAUAGAAAACCACCAGGCGUUGGACGCGGAAGAGGACGUGGUAUGGAAGAUGGAGGGGCCAGAGGCCGAGGCAGAGGAACUUCAAUGGGAAAGAUGGGUGGCAACAGGGGAGCAGGCCGUGGGCGUGGUUGAUGCAUCUGCUUUCAUGAAUUUCGCUGUUUUUAGCUGGCACCAAGCUCUGCUAACUUCUCUUGCUGCUACUGCAUUAGUUUGAUUGUAGAGAAACCAAAAUUAUAUAAGAAGUUGAUCUUCUAUUGGUCUUCGAUUUACAUAUGUAAUGGAUAGGGAGGGAGUGUGAUUUUGGAUUCUCCUUUUGAUCUUUUGGAAAAAAUUUAUUGUCUUUUGCCUUGUGAAAUUUGACUGUUUAUUAUGAGGUCAUCUGCGCUUCAAUGGAAUCUUUUUGGGCAA